AUUAAACGAAAGACUAGUGGGGCAGAAUUUGCUCUGAAGUAUUUGGAGUCAGCACUUGUCCCAUCAGUUAUCUUAAAAAUAGAAUCCAUUCAACAUUUGAGGCACUUCAGGCAUGUUUUGAUGACCCCACUACCUAGGAUUGAAAUGGUGACACAUGAGGAGGUGAGCAUGUUGGUUGCUGCUGCUCUUUUAUCUGACACGGCUUCGUUUGGAGGUAGAACUGAAGGCUGAAGAGUUGGAAAAAGAUGCAGCACAGGUGUUGAGCAAAAGGCUAUUGCGGCCCACUCACCUGGGAUCUCUAUACCUGCCCACGCUGUAGGCGUUUCUGGGUCUUUUUCUUACAUCAACAAAGAACAUGUCUGAGUUCAGCCAAAACUCUGACCAAGAAGAAAUCUGUUCCGAAGAGAUCGAUGAAGAUGAAAUCCUAGCAAACCUCUCCCCCGAAGAACUGAAGGAGCUACAAUGUGAAAUGGAAGUCAUGGCUCCAGACCCCGAGGUGCCAGUUGGAAUGAUACAGAGAGACCAGACUGAAAAGCCACCGACGGGAAACUUUGAUCACAGAUCUCUUGUUGACUACCUGUAUUGGCAGAAGACCUCAAGGCGGAUGCAUGAGGAUGAAAGAGUGCCUGUCACUCUCUUGCCAUCGGAGAGACACACUGUGGAGAAGUCCGAAGAAAAUUCUGCAGAUAUUAGUAAUGAGAAGCAGAUGGUGAAAAAUAAUGCAGGGAAAACAAAUGGAGAUGUAAGAGACUAUAAAGAGAAUGAAGAGGAAGAGGAAGGUGAAGAGGAGGAAGAGGAGGAAGAAGACGAGGAAGAGGAGGAAGAAGAGGAGGAGGAGGAGGAUGAAGAGGAGGAGGAGGAGGAAGGAGAUGAAGAACAGGAGGAGGAGGACGAAGAGAAAGAUAAGGAAGAACUGGGAACAAAGAAACCAUAUGGUGAAGAGGACAGCAGAAAUGAACAUGAAACAGAGGGAUCAGAUGAAAAACAAGACAAUAAUGAAAAGAAAGCAUCAAAAUUAAAUAUUCCCAAAAAAUUAGCUGUAGAUACUAAUUUUAUUAAGUUAAGUGCCAGGCCUUCAGGAAAUCAAACCAAUUUAGAUGAGAGCCUGAGAAAGGUCCAGAAGAAUGACCCAAGCAUGACAGAACUCAACUUGAACAACAUUGAGAACAUCCCCAAGGAAAUGCUGGUGGACUUUGUCAAUGCUAUGAAAAAGAAUAAGCACAUCAAAACAUUCAGUUUAGCCAAUGUGGGGGCAGAUGAUAAUGUGGCUUUUGCCUUGGCCAACAUGCUGCGUGAAAACAGGAGCAUCACUACACUGAAUAUUGAUUCAAAUUUCAUCUCGGGUAAAGGAAUUGUUGCAAUUAUGAGGUGUCUGCAGUACAAUGAGAAGCUGACUGAGCUACGCUUUCACAACCAGAGAAGCAUGUUGGGCCAUCAAGCAGAAACGGAGAUCGCUAGGUUAUUGAAAGCCAACCCUACGCUGCUCAAGAUAGGAUAUCACUUUGAACUUCCAGGUCCCAGAAUGGUGGUUACCAAUCUGCUCAGCAGAAACCUCGAUAAACAGAGGCAGAAAAGGAUAGAGGAGCAAAAGCAGCAGCAACGAAAACAGCAGAAAGAGCUAAUAGCUAUGUUAGAGAACGGACUCGGGUUGCCUCCUGGCAUGUGGGAAUUGCUAGGGGGACCAGUGCCUGCUUCAGUGAUGCCUCCUUCGAUGCAAUCUCCAAUGCCACCAGUCCCCAAAGCUCCAUCCGCGGGCAGGAAAAACGAGCCUGCAAGAAAACCAGAACCUGAAAAGGUCAGCAGCGGCGACUUCAAAAUAGUGAAACUCAAGAGAACCCAGCGGAAACCCACCAUAAAAGAAUAUGUGGAGCCUGCUGAAAAAACCAACCUCAAAGAUGUGAUCAAGACACUCAAGCCUAUUCCAAGAAGACGGCCACCUCCUCUGGUGGAAGUCACUCCUAGAGAUCAGCUACUUAAUGAUAUUCGCCAGAGCAACGUAGCUUAUCUGAAACCGGUGCCACUUCCCAAAGAGCUGGAGUAGUUACUCCCCAUUCAGCUGAAGGAAACAACUUGGAGAAGGAAAGAAAAAGAACAAAACAAAACACACAGACUGUGCAAGUGUUGCUUCAUAUUGUUCCAGGGCCUGUUUCCUUCAAAUGGAAGACAUGGGAACAAUGCUUAAAGCAUGCCACCUGUUGAAGUGAUGAUUGAAAAGGAUAGAAUGGAAACAGUAUAAAUGGUUAAUAAUUCACACGUACGCGUUUGUAAUGGGCUAGUGCCACCCUAUAGUCUCCGUCAGCUUGCUGGGCUUUAAUUUCAGAGGGUAGGGGCGGAGAGCAGAGGGAUAUUAUCCCCUAUGUUAUAACUUUUAUAGAUUUCUUCAGGAAAUCCCUGUCGCAAUCAUGUUGCCUUCUGCUUUUAAACUUUACAGAAGCAUAUGGUGUCCUUUUGUGAGUUUUUCUUCUCCCCUACAUUCACCCAUCCUUGUGGGGCAUCUCUGUCUGCCAGCUUCAGCACAGGUGUGUGUUGGGUGUUUGGCAAACCACAGCUACUUUCAUCUUUAUUGGAUGAAGGAUACUGCAACAGAAAUGAACAUCUACUUUCAGGGAUGGUUGCUGUCAGUACUUAUUUUUUCUGGUGG